AUGGAGCACACGCACGCCCACCUCGUCGCCAACACCUCGCUGUCCUGGUCCCCCGGUUCGGCCUGCGGCUUGGGCUUCGUGCCCAUCAUCUACUACAGCCUCUUGCUGUGCCUCGGUUUACCAGCAAAUAUCCUGACGGUUAUCAUCCUUUCUCAGCUGGUGGCCAGGAGGCAGAAGUCUUCCUAUAACUAUCUGUUGGCACUGGCCGCUGCUGACAUCUUGGUCCUCUUCUUCAUCGUGUUCGUGGACUUCCUGCUAGAAGACUUCAUCUUGAAUAUGCAGUUGCCUCGGAUACCCGACAAGAUCAUAGAAGUACUGGAGUUCUCGUCCAUCCACACCUCCAUCUGGAUUACCGUCCCCUUAACCAUUGACCGCUACAUCGCUGUAUGCCACCCCCUCAAGUAUCACACUGUCUCCUACCCAGCCCGCACUCGGAAAGUCAUCAUCAGCGUCUACACCACCUGCUUCUUGACCAGCAUUCCCUACUACUGGUGGCCCAACAUCUGGACCGAAGACUACAUCAGCACUUCCCUGCAUCACGUACUCAUCUGGAUUCACUGCUUCACCGUCUACCUGGUGCCCUGCUCCAUCUUCUUCAUCUUGAACUCCAUCAUCGUGUACAAACUCCGGCGCAAGAGCAAUUUCCGCCUCCGUGGCUACUCGACAGGGAAAACCACUGCCAUCCUGUUCACCAUUACCUCCAUCUUUGCCACCCUCUGGGCCCCCCGCAUCAUCAUGAUCCUCUAUCAUCUCUACGGGGCACCCAUCGAGAACCGCUGGCUGGUGCACAUCAUGUCCGAUGUCGCCAACAUGCUGGCCCUUCUCAACACAGCCAUCAACUUCUUCCUCUACUGCUUCAUCAGCAAGCGGUUCCGCGCCAUGGCAGCCGCCACGCUCAAGGCCUUCUUUAAGUGCCAGAAGCAACCUGUGCAAUUCUACACCAACCAUAACUUUUCCAUAACAAGUAGCCCCUGGAUCUCCCCAGCCAACUCACACUGUAUCAAGAUGCUGGUAUACCAGUACGACAAAAAUGGGAAACCUAUAAAAGUCUCCCCAUGACGGUCAAGCUGAUGGCACUUAGUGCCUCUAUCUGAUCCAUUUCCAGAGAGAAGAGUGGCGCCUCCUAUGGCUGAUCCACCUUGAGUGUGCUCUCCUAAUUUCCUGUCUCCAACAGACUGAGCAACUCCCGGCCUGGUAGAAGAGACGAGGUGGAGGAGAAGAAAGAGAAGCAUGUUUCCAUUUGCACAUCUAUUUUCACCAAGCUGUAGUGACAGUCCCAGCUCCUGCCAGUUUGCAAAUGCCAUUGAAGGUUGUAUGGUCAGAAAGGCAACACCAUAGAGAAAUAGUUUAGGACUUAGCCUUUGGCACCCUCCACCAUGACCAAGUGUGUUUUUUUGUGCCACACCAUGCCACAGUAGCACGUAGUCAAGCCGUGUUGUUCUUCUUCUAAGAGCUGAGCCCAUCCAUCGCUUCCCUGUGCUGUUCCUAAGAAGCAAACACUGGCAAUCAAUUCUGGAUUUUUUUUCCCAAGGUGCCCACUGUCCUAGACAGAGUUGUGGUGUUGAAGUAGCCUGAGAAGCAGAAUGACAUUGUGGGAACAGAGGUGUAUUGAAUUCUCCAAACUCUGGCAGCACGUCUGCAGAAAGACUCCAAACCCACAUAAAUCAGACCCUCAGACUUAAAGGGUGUGUGGUGUAAUCUUUCUAUUCAGCAUAUGUAUAUAGGUAGAUUUUAUUUAUUGCCUCCAAAACAAAAAACCCUGCCUGGUAGAGCAGGGGAAAGGAGGAAUUCUUGAGCCCAGGAAAACAAAAAAUAUAUAUAGCCCAAUCUUGCCAUUGUUUCCAUGCCUUCCUACAUCCUUGGUGAAUGAACCCUUUAUCCUUGAGCUUCUUAGGGUGCUUCCACCCACAUUUCCAGGAGAUUCCUUUCCUGUAUCCAGCUGUCAACUCCACCCACCUGCUUGCUGAAUCACUCCCCAGAGUGAUUGAUCAGUGGCUUCUGAUCUGAUAUUCCAGGGCCAGAAACUGGCAUUUUCCAGUGGGGAAAGACAUUCUCAGUUCUACCCCACAAUGCAUUUGGUGUGGCCUUUCGGGCCACACAUAUAGACGUAAUUGCCAUGGAAAGGUGCCCACAAUGCCUGCCAACCUGUCCUCUGAUACCUGUGGCUCCAACAGUGGUGCAAGUUUCAGAGAAGCUAUUUAACCCUUUGCACAAUGGUAAAAAAAAAAAUGUGGAUUUAUUCACUUGUUCUCCCCUUGCCUACCCAAACAGAACAGUUUCAGAAUGCAAUUACUAGAAGCUUCCUGGGGAAUUGUAUGCUCUCUCUUCUCUCUCUCUCUCUCUCUCUCUCUCUCUCUCUCUCUCUCUCUCUCUCUCUCUCUUCCUCCCUUCACCCAGUUUUUCUGAAGCCAGGCACAUUUAGAAACAGAAAUAUAACCUGGGGUU